ACUCUGUAUCAUCUCGAAUGUAAUAAAAACCAAAAUCAAUUUCCGGAAUCAAAAAAAUCAAAAUUUCGAUCGAUUGCGCAUAUUGAUUCAUCUCUUUUCUGGGUUGUUCGUCGAACACUGCUCCUAAAAAGGGGAUUGGAUUUCGCGCUUAUAUAUACGUCACAUAUACAUAUACGUAAAUUGUUCUUUGUGUUCUUGUUGUUUUGAUCAAAAAAGGGUUCUUUGAGGGUUUGUGGUCAGUUUGAGAGAAAUUCCGUUGUGGUUUUUCUAGUUUCUAAACUUGUUCGUUUGGUCUAAUUUGCACUUUCAAAGUAAUUUGUAGUAAUGUGUGUUGUAUGAUCAAUUAUGUUGGACUUUAGGAUCAUCGUUAGGGUUUUUGGGGGUAAUUAGGGUUAGGGUUAGGGUUAUCGAGAAGAGAUGGAAGAGACUGAGCUUGAAGAAGGAGAGGCUUGUUUUGACGACAAUGACGCAAGCAUUGACCCUGAUACAGCUCUCUCUUACAUUGAUCAGAGGCUGCAAAAUGUGCUGGGACAUUUUCAGAAAGAUUUUGAAGGUGGGAUGUCUGCAGAAAUAUUGGGGCCAAAAUUUGGUGGCUAUGGGUCGUUUUUACCCUCACACAAGCAGGUUCCAACUGUCCAUUCUCAUAUCAAGACACCUCAAACAGUUCAAAAUUUCAACAAAUCGUGUUUGGAGAGUGCUCCUAUGAAUGCAAUCAUACCCACAAAACCUGUCCUGGCUGUUAGACCACCUGUUACCUCUUCAUUUCAUGUUUCUAAAAAUGAAACCACUAUAAGUAAUUCGGCAAAUCCAAGUGAGCAAAGGUCAUUGAAGGUACGAAUUAAAGUAAGUUCUGAUAAAUCUGCAAGAAAAAAUGCUUCAAUUUAUAGUGGUUUGGGUCUCUCUUCUCCAUCUUCAUCAAUGGGCAAUGAUCAUCAUGAUCAUGAGGAUAGUGAUUGCCCAUUAACUGAAUCUCAUCAUAUCCCUCUUGAUUCUCCUGACACCAUACUACGUGAUAUGACUUCUAUCAUUGUUCCUGGAAACCGGCUGCUCUCACCACUAAAUGAGAGCCUUCUUUGUAUAAAAAAAGUUGAAAGAAUCAUUGAAAAUAAGCCUAUGCCUCCUGUUAUAGGUAGAAAAAUAGGCUUGUCUAGUUUUGUGGAUGAUUCAUCUUCUAUCCUUGGAGAAGGGAAGCCAAUGGAAGGUAAGGAAGUAAGUUCACAAGACAAAAGUGAAAUGAAAGGAAUGAAACACAAUGAAAGUAGAGGCUUUGAGGCUGAGAAGGCUCCAUUUUCGGGGAAAGAAUCUUUUGACAGUAAACAGUGUUCAACAACUGAUUUAAAAGUGAAUCUGUCAUCCAAAUCUGUACUUUGUAAAGAAAAUGUAGCAGCUAAGAAAGAUGUACCUGUAAAGAAAAGGGAAACAAACAAAGAAUGGUUGAAAGAUCAGUUCUUUGGCUCUGAUUGUAAGGAGUCUGAUUCAGCAUGUGGCCAGGAUCAUGAUGUCAUUCAUAGUUCAAGUGAGGAAAACAAAACCAAAACCAAAACCAAAAAGUUUUCACUUGAUACAAAGGGAAGUGACAGGACCAAGGGUAAAACAGUCCAUACAGUUUGUAAAAAUGACCCUGGUGAGAAAAAUGUCGAAAAGAAAGUUGGUCUUAAGGCUAUGACUUGUGAACCACAUGAAGUCAAACCAAGUCAUUCUGUUACCAAAUUGCCAUUGGAAAGAAAAAGUAAGUUAAUGGGCAUCAUUCAAACUGGAGCAAUGAAAGAUAAUAAGAGUGCCCAAAAGGAUAUUGUGAAGGUACGUAAUAGCUAUAAAGAUAUACUUGACAUGAGGGUAAAUGACGAUAAUACCCAAAGACAAGAAGAAAGACACAUUCCAGUAAAUGGGCUUCCUGCUGAGUCAGCAAUACAAGUUGCUCCAGCAGCCCCUUCAGACCAUUGGGUAGGAUGUGAUCGUUGUGAGAAGUGGCGCCUUUUGCCAAUUGGUAUUGAGCCUGAGAAUCUACCUGAUAAGUGGCUGUGUAGCAUGUCAACAUGGCUGCCUGGAAGGAAUAAUUGUGAUAUCAGUGAGGAUGAAACCACAAGGGCAGUUCAGGAAAUGAACCUUCACUUGAUGUCUCAGAAUCAAAAUCAUAACCCCCUUCAAUACAAUGGUAGUGGGGCGAUAUCUGGAUUAGCUUCAGAGAGUAUCAGAUAUUCUGACCAUAUAAACUCAAAUGUUAAUUCAGAGAACAUGCCUUUAAAGAAGAAUAUUUCAAGACCUGAAGGCAUUUCACAUUUGUCACAAAAAAGAAAAAGUUUAAGUGAAGCAAACCAAGAGAAAAACAUGGUCAAUAAGUCAAACAACUUUGCAAUGGGAAGGCAUGCUGCUAAAGUAAAUGAGAAGGAUGUGAAUGAAGGUGGUGAUCUGAAGCCAAAAAAGCUAAAAAGCAAAACCGGGUCCGACCCAUAUGACCAUGUAACUUCAAGUAAUCUCAAGACUGAAGCUGCACCUAAUACUGAUGGUUACAAGGACAAUUUAGUAAUUUCAGUCAAGAGGCAGACAGAAAGUACCGAGCUUUCCAUGAAGAGUAAAUUAUUGGGUACUGAAAAAGUGGAAAUGCAUGCAAAAAAGAGAAAAUUGAAAGACUGGGAGGAGAGUCAGCCUAGUGAAGGUAAUAAUGAUAGAAUAGGAAGAAAAGAGAAGAGAUUAAAGAGUUCCAACACUGAGAUAAACGAUUCCACUGCAAUUAAAGAGAAUGACAGAUCUACCCUCAAAGGAAAAACAAUGAAAAUCAUCUUGCCAGGGAGUAAAGAGAAUUCAGUUGACAGAAAACUGGAUAAACAUAGAGAAAAGGUUACUUCAAGAAAGAAUUUGGAAAUUGCUGCCACUUCAAGCUCUUCAAAGGUUUCAGAUUCUUGUAGAAUGGUUAGUUUGCAAAAAGGGUCUCCAGUAGGGUCAGUUUCGUCAUCUCCUAUUAGGGCUCUUAAUCAUGCCAAUCUUUCACCUUCUGUUAGAACUAUUUCAAGAAAAAGUGGUAAGGGGACUCAAAUUCCAAAAAAGUUACUUCCCAGGGAAGAUAACACCAAGGGUAUAUCUGUCAUUGAUGCAAGUCAAAGAUUUGGUGGCAAAGUUGAACUGAAACAAAAAGAAGUCUUCAAGAUUAUGGAAGACAAUGCUAAUAUUCCACAGAGUUCUGGGAAGGAAUCAUUACCAAAGUCUAGGGAAAAAGAUAAAAAAUGUAAUUUCCAAAGAGUAAAAGUCAAAGGGUCAGAACCAUUGACCGAGUUGACCAAGCAAGAACCGUUUCCUAAUAAAAUGAGGAAGGUUGAAGUGGAUGUUGACCGUUGUAGAUCUUCUAUGAACCCUGAAUAUUCAAAUACUAAAAUCAGUAAUGAUGAUAAGGAUAUUUCGGGCAAGAAGAUUUCUAGAAAACGGACAGGUGGCAUCAUAGGAGAUGAGAAAGAGAAACAAACACCAUUGAUGAUGAUGAGUCAUGGUGGAUCUGAAGCAAAGUUGGGUGCUAUAGGUAGUUCAGAAGUAAAAAAAGAUCCGAAAAAGGUGUUUUUAGGCGACAUAUCAAAGAAAAGGGACUUAAAUGAAGUAGAGCAAAAAGUAGAGGGAGGUAAUUUGAAUGUCAAAAGUGUUGUGAAUGAAUGUGGGACAAUGAAGGAUCUUGGUGUUGUAGGUUUUGUGAAGGAGUAUGCAUCCAGUCAAACUGCUUUGACUGCUUUCAAAAGAGCAGAGGAGUCAAAGGACUAUGCUGAUCGUAUAAAGAUUUCUGGAUUUGAUUAUGAGUGUAACGAUGCAUACUUUGACUCUGCAUUGAAGUUUCUUUAUGCUGCUUCUCUUCUAGAAUCCUGCAGCAUUGACUUCAAUAAAUCAAAAGGAGUGGAUCCAGUAAAUAUUUACACUACUUCUGCCAAACUUAGCAAGAUUUGUGCUCAAGAAUAUGAGAAACAAAAAGAAAUGGCUGCUGCAGCAUUGGCCUAUAAAUGUAUGGAGGUGGCAUAUAUGAGGAUAGUCUAUUGCAAGAGUUCAGUCACUAGGCAGGAUCUACAAACAAGUUUGCAAAUGGUUAAUCAAGGUGAAUCACCAUCAUCUUCUGCAUCUGAUGUUGAUAACUUAAACAAUCAAGCAACAAUGGAUAAGAGUGUGUUGUCUAAUAAGAGCAUUCCACACCCUGGACACCAUCUUGUUGCUAGAAACCAAGCAAACUUUCUCAGGCUGCUUGACUUUACAGGGGAUGUGAAUCUUGCAAUGGAAGCUUCAACAAACACACAGAAUUCAUACAAAGCUGCUGCUACUUCAAUCACACAAGAAUCUCCAAACAAAGAGAUUAUGAUUUCCAUAAAAAAGGUGAUUGAAUUCAGCUUUCAAGAUGUAAAAGAAGUCGUAUUUUUAGUCCAAAAUGCACGUGAAGCCAUCAAUCGCCAAGGCUUUAAAGGCAAGAACAUCAAGAACAGGGAGUAAUUUGGAAGCCAAGCUGUAAAUAAUACCAUUCUGGCAUAUCACAUUUCUCCUAGAAUUUUGAUAACGAGUCAUUCAAAAAUCUAUCUGUACAAAACAGGAAUUAAAUCAGAAUCAGAAAACAUCAAAAAAUUUGAUAUCAUUUUUGACCGAGGUAAAUUGUUCACCCUGUAGCACCUAUGGAGAUACUAGAGACUGGAGAGGGGUGGGUUAUGUAGGAUAUUAAUUGCUCUUAUAAGAUCAUACACAUCCAAAUUGGUUGGUUGUUAUUAGAAGAAGAUAUAGUAAUUUAGAACACAAUUAUUCAUAGGAUUUGUAACAGAAGAGCUUGGAUUCUUGAGGAUUUCAUGUUGUUUGACAAUAUAUA